AUGGCGGGACCUGGGGGCUGGAGGGACAAGGAAAUCACGGAUCUUGGCCACUUGCCGGAUCCAACUGGAAUAUUCUCAUUGGAGAAAACCAUUGGCCUUGGUACUUAUGGCAGAAUCUAUUUGGGUCACCAUGAAAAAACUGGAUGAAAUAUGUUUACGGCAUUGAAAUCUAUGGGGAAGAGAAUAACCCCUUUACCUGAAAUAGGGAGGAGAGUGAGAGUGAAUAAAUAUCAGAAGUCUAUUGGAUGGAGAUACAGCGAUGAGGAAGAGGAUCUGAGAACUGAACUAAACCUUCUAAAGAAGUACUCUUUCCACAAGAACAUCGUGGCCUUCUAUGGUGCAUUUUUUAAACUGAGUCCUCCAGGUCACAGACAUCAACUUUGGAUGGUGAUGGAGUUAUGUGCAGCAGGCUCACUCACUGAUGUAGUGAGGAUGACCAGAAAUCAGCGUUUAAAAGAAGAUUGGAUUGCUUACAUAUGCAGAGAAAUCCUUCAGGGCUUAGCUCACCUUCAUGCACAUCGAGUAAUUCACCGAGACAUCAAAGGUCAGAAUGUGCUCCUGACUAAUAAUGCUGAAGUCAAACUGGUGGAUUUUGGAGUGAGUGCGCAGGUGAGCAGAACCAAUGGGAGGAGAAACAGUUUCAUUGGAACACCAUACUGGAUGGCCCCUGAAGUGAUUAACUGUGAUGAGGAUCCAAGACGUUCCUAUGAUUAUAGAAGUGAUGUGUGGUCUGUGGGAAUCACUGCUAUUGAGAUGGCCGAAGGAGCUCCUCCCCUAUGUAACCUCCAGCCACUAGAAGCCCUCUUUGUCAUUUUGCGGGAAUCAGCUCCUACAGUCAAAUCCAGUGGAUGGUCUCACAAGUUCCGCAGUUUCAUGGAAAAGUGCAUGAUAAAAAAUUUUCUGUUUCGUCCCACUUCUGCAAACAUGCUUAAUCACUCAUUUGUUCAAAAUAUAAAAAAUGAAAGAAACGUGGUGGAGUCAUUGAGAAAGCAUCUUACUGGAAUCAUUAAAAAGAGACAGAAAAAAGGGAUACCACUUGUCUUUGAAAGAGAAGCAGAUAUUAAAGAACAGUUCAACAUGAGAAGAUUCAGAGGACCUUGUUGUACACAUGAGCUUCUGAGACUGCCAACUAGCAGCAGAUGCAGACCACUUAGAGUCCUCCAUGGAGAACCUUCUCAGCCACGUUGGUUACCUGAUCAAGUAGAACCACAGGUCCAGGCACUUAAGCAACUACAGGGAGCAGCUAGAGUGUUAACACCUCUGCAGGUUCAGGGCAAUGCAGUUAGGCCUCUACAGGGGCAGAUCCAGGCAGCCCGAGUGUUCAUUCCCCUACAGUCUCAGGUAGUGUCAUCUCGAUCUCUACCAAUGCAGAUGAGGGCACUGCCACAACUACAGAAGGCAGCCCAAGUGUUCAUGCCACUACAGUCUCAGAUUAAGGCACCUAGGCCUAUACAAGUUCAAGACCAGCAACGCAAAGACCAGCAAAUUCACUCCCAGACUCAGAUAACAGAAAAGCCACAAGAUCUGGAUCAAGUACCAGAAGAGUUUCAAGGGCAAGGUCAAGUACCUGAACAGCAACAAAGGCAGGACCAGGCUCCUGAACAGCAGCACCAUAUCCCUGAACAGCAACACGAAAUCCCUGAACAGGAACUGGAGCAGAACCAAGCACCUGAACAAGCAGAGAUACAGGAACAGGCUAUUGAACCUAUAGAGGAAGAGGAAGAAGCACAAGAACCUGAGCCAUUAUCAGUACAUGCCCAGUUAUUUUUGCCACUACUGUCCCAGAACCAUCAUGUGCUGUUGCCACUGCACUUAGAUUCUCAGGUGCUUGUUCCUGUAGAGGAACAAAAUGGACAGGCACCUCAGGCACAGGCACUAGAGCCCCUGCAGGUAUUUGAUUCAAUUCAAGCACUGGUAGAGGGACUAUCAACAGAUCUGCUUCGAGCACCACGCUCACAUAACUCAAAGCCACUUGGCCCACUGCAAACCUUGAUGGAAAACCUGUCAACAGAUAUGUUUUACUCUCAACCAGAAGAGCAACGAAAGAAAAAAUCCAGGGUUUCUAGUUUAAGGCAUGCACUGGCCAAACGGCUAUCACCGAAGAGAUUUCGGGGAAAGUUAUCACGGAAAUCUGGACUCUUAGAUUUAGAAGCCCACAAAAGAAGGCACCGAUGCAGAUGGAAGGAUAACUUAAGUCAGCAAGAAGACCCAAGACAAGUGGCAAAUGACAAAGAAGAUGAGUCAUCAGACAAUGAUGAAGUAUUUCAAUUGAUUCAAGCCCAAGUCCACGUAGAACCAUGUGCUCCAAAUCCUGAAGAAAAUGAGGUCCAGGAAAGAUCUGCUUUUAUGCCAUGCAAUAAAGAUCGUGCACACCGUGUCACCUUCUCUUUAAGUGCUCCUCAACAGUCGAUUUCAGAACAAGCUCAGAAGCCCAUUGAUGUCAGACAAAAGAUUUUUUCAAGUUCUCAAAAUCACACAACAGCCUCAGACUCGUCUUCUGAGGAGGAAAGCCCUGUGACCAGGAGGAGGUCCCAAUCAUCACCCCCUUAUUCUACUAUUGAUCAGAAGCUGUUGAUUGAUGUUCAUGUUCCAGACGGCUUUAAAGUGGGAAAAAUAUCACCCCCUGUAUACUUGACAAAUGAAUGGGUAGGCUAUAAUGCACUCUCUGGUAUCUUCCGGAAUGAUUGGUUAAUUCCUGCACCUGUCAUUCAGACACCUGAAGAAGAUGGUGAAUAUGUUGAACUAUAUGAUACUGAAGCUAAUGCUGAUGGUAAUAAUGAUUCUAAUGAUGCUUAUGAAGAUACUUACGACCAUGAACAGGAGGGCUUUAAUAACCAGAUUGAUCAGGCUGAUGAUGUCUUUGAAGGCCUUGAGGAUGAUGACAACAAUGAUGAGGCUGUUGGUAAAGAAUGCAAUAGUCAUGAUGAUCCUAACUGGUCAAGUAGCUUCAACCAAAAUGGCAGAGCUGAAAGUGAAGGAGCCUGUGGAGGCUAUGGAAUCCCUAAAAGUCAUGAAGAGAAUGUGACCAUUGUAGACCAUGAAGGGAGUAGGGGGAGAGGAAGCAAGGAAGGAAGUAGAGAUAAAAUCAAUGGAACCAAUGAAGAGAGUGGAGUGCAUCAAUUCUGUGAAGGAGAAAACUGCUCUAAGGUGAAUGUUGCAGACCUGGAGAGACCAGCAUCCCAGGAUUUUGAACAUCAGCAGGAGGAGCAGCUGGCAGAUUCAGAUUCCAAUGCACAGAGAGGUCCCAGCUUUGGUUUAGCAGCACAGCUCCCUACAGUCUACACUACUAGCAUCCUCUUUGCACCACUCAUGCUACCAUACAUAUUAGCUUUCCAAAUUGUACAGGUGCCAAGUUUUGGAAGUGAGGCCUCAAAUACCAUUACUGGCUCAGGUGGUACACCACCAGCACCUGAUAAUGAGAAUGGCAGUAAGGACAGAGUGGAAUCAUCACCAAAUUCAGGUUAUUCAUCCUGCCAUUUGUCUCCCUGUGAUGGUUUAGGGUACAGGGUGUCUACUAAUGGUGAUUUUGCUAAUGCCAUCUCAUAUUUUGGAUUGGUGGAAGUACCCGAGGAACCACAUAAGCAACCCUCUGAUAUCAAUGUUAACCCACUUGGUACUUCUUCUACAUGUGAAAAACCACUGAUUCACAUGUAUAAAAAGGAAUUCACGUCUGAGAUCUGCUGUGGUUCAUUGUGGGGGGUGAAUUUGCUGUUGGGAACUCGAUCCAGUCUAUAUCUGAUGGACAGAAGUGGAAAAGCAGACAUCACCAAACUUAUAAAGCGAAGACCAUUCCAUCAGAUUCAAGUUGUAGAGCCACUCAAUUUGCUGAUUACUAUCUCUGGCCAUAAGAACAGACUUCGAGUCUAUCAUUUGACUUGGUUGAGGAACAAGAUUUUAAACAAUGAUCCAAAAAGUAAAAGAAGACAAGAGGAAAUGCUGAACACAGAGGAAGCUUGCAGAGCUAUUGAUAAAUUAACAGGCUGUGAACAUUUCAGUGUCCUUCAACAUGAAGAAACAACUUGCAUUGCAAUUGCUUUAAAAUCAUCAAUUCACCUCUAUGCCUGGGCACCAAAGUCAUUUGAUGAAAGGACUGCCAUUAAAGUAAUAUGCAUUAAUCAGUCAGCAGACUCUGAAGGAGACUACACGUCCUAUGAAGCCUAUAUAUGAAUACUGGGAAAAAUAGAGGCAGUCAUUCCAGUGAAUCAGUUUAAGAAACCAAAUGCUCUUCAUUUGCUGAAGCUCAAGAUCUAUUCAACACUUGGUCAUAAGCCAGUGACAGUUGACCUGGCUAUUGGUUCUGAAAAGAAACUAAAGAUUUUCUUCAGCUCAGCAGAUGGAUAUCACAUUAUUGAUGCAGAAUCUGAAGUUAUAUCUGAUGUGACUCUACCCAAUAAUCCCCUGGAAAUUAUUCUACCACAGAAUAUCAUCAUUCUACCUGAUUGCUUGGGAAUUGGCAUGAUGCUCACCUUUGAUGCUGAAGCCCUUUCUGUGGAAACCAAUGAACAACUCUUCAAGAAGAUCCUUGAUGUAUGGAAAGACAUACCAUCUUCUGUUGCUUUUGAGUGUUCUCAGCGUACCACAGGAUGGGGUCAAAAGGCCAUUGAAAUUCGUUCUUCAAAAUCGGAAGUUCUGGAAAAUGAGCUAAAGCGCAGAUCCAUUAAGAAGCUAAGGUUCCUGUGUACUCGAGGGGACAAGCUGUUCUUUACCUCUAUCCUGCACAAUCACCACAGCCGAGUUUACUUUAUGACCCUUGGAAAACUUGAAGAGCUCAAAAAUAAUCAUGAUGCUUAA